UAUGAUAUAACAUUACUAUAUCUAUCUAAUAUUUUAAACGAUUUUGAUGUGAUUAUAAAGUUUAAUCAUCAGUAGUUAGAUGUUUUGAUACUUCUGUUAUUGCAUGGUUAUAACCCUGUUGGCAGAGCAUUAGUUUUUCCCAAGACAUUUGUGAAGCAACUAACAAACAUUAGCCUGUCAGCUAGCUAGCUAGCUAAGGCGCCUCUUGCUAAAUGUUACAGAGAAUCAGCUAUCAGAGUCUGCAAGUACGUGCCUGGAGAAGGUCAGAACUCCCACACAACACAACCUCUACAGAAUUGAAGAAUAAGUGUAGCCUGUGGUUGAAUGAAAGAUGGCGACUGAGAAGGUGGGAAACGGAACUGGAGUAGCUUAUGACAAGAAGGAGGAGGAUGAUGUCAGGCCAGAUGACCUGUCUGAGCUGCUGGCUGCAGGCACCAAGGAUAUCCAUGAGAAAGCAGAGAACAACCAGUUUGUCAAAGAUUUCCUGAGAGGCCGGAUCCGCAAAGAGCUCUUUAAGCUGGGGGCAGUUGCCUUGUAUUUCACUUACACAGCCCUGGAAGAGGAGAUCGAGAAGAACAAAGACCAUCCCCAGUUUGCUCCACUUUACUUCCCCACAGAGCUGCACCGGCAUGAAGCCUUGGCCAGGGAUCUGGAGUACUUCUAUGGUCCAGACUGGCAGAACGUGGUCAGCUGCUCCCCUGCCGCACAGCACUAUGUGGACCGCAUCCACGAGGUGGGCCAGUCAGACCCUGUUCUGCUGGUAGCCCACUCAUAUACCCGCUACAUGGGUGACCUGUCAGGUGGCCAGGUGCUCAAGAAAGUGGCACAGCGGGCGCUGAAGUUGCCAGCCACAGGGGAAGGGCUGGAGUUCUACCACUUUGAAGGGAUCCACAGUGCCAAGGCCUUCAAACAGCUGUAUCGUAGCCGGAUGAAUGAGCUUGACCUAGAUGCUGCUACCAAGGAGAAGAUAGUGCAGGAGGCUGUUCAUGCCUUCCACUUCAACAUUGAGGUGUUUGAGGAGAUGGAAGAAAUUGGGAAAACUUUGAAGGAUGAGGUGAUGGACGCAGGCAUGCCCGUUCACGGAGCUAUGGAUGGAGACAUAAAUAAAUGCCCCUACUAUGCUGCUAAAAUGGCGGCCAGUGGUGGGUCAGCGUACGCCUGUCAGAUGGCCAUGUCCGUCCUCCGACAUCCCACUGGCCAGGUCCUACUGGCGGCCUGGGUUGCUGCUUUGGCCGGAUUGGCAGCCUGGUACCUCAUGUGAUCCCAUCUAUACCAAGUAGGAAUGCUGCAGGGAAUUGGGAGAAGAGCUUUUCAAUGAAGAUUGCAGAAGGGCAGGAAGAGUAGGGGCUGGCAGCUCAGUUGAGAUGAAAUCCCCCCCACACCCCUUUAUGGAUGACUUCCUCUCCUCCAAAUCAUCUCUUGCUCUUCUCUAAGUCCUUUAGUUCCCCGAGGUCCGUCCUGUGAACUUGCAUCAUUGAGUGUGCUGUUCUGCCCUACCACUCUACUAUUAUCUCCCAGUGUCCACAUGGAGGACGCUCAUUGUACUCUUGCCACAAAUCAGUGUUGUAUACGGUUAAACAAACAAACAAAAAAAAAACAACAAUCUUGGGUGGAUAAUGGAUUGUUGUCUGGCCAGAAGUGGCAAGUGAAUGGGUAUAAAACAUCAUUACUGAGAAUGACAACGGACAAAGUGAUGAGUUGAAAUUUGCUGUAAUGCAAAUACACACAACACAAGUAUGAUUUUGGUUUGUGAACUGGCUAUUGAAGAGGCCAUGGGAUGGAGUUUGAUGGUGUUAUGUUCCUUGCAACCCUAUAUCAAUUUGAUGCACAAGUUAAGAAUAAUUUUUAGACAGGUCGUAUCAUCGGUCAUCUGCAAUAAGUAGAUGAACGCCUCAUCCCUCCCUGCCGAGCUGCAGGAUUGCACUUGUAGUAUCAGUCACUCCAAGGCUCCCACUCUUGGGUGUGAGUCAAGCGUCCAUUCACCACAACUCAGUUAAGUCAGUUACCUUCUUAAUUAAUUGAAGCAAUGUCUGUAUUCCUUACGUUGUCAUUUGAUAACAUGUUCAAUUUAUUGACCAAUGGUUGGUCUAUUGGUUAAACCCCUGACUCUAUGCCAUAAUGAUACCUCAUAUAAGGUUAAUGAAACUAACUUUACAUUGUUGGUGGUUUUAUACCUACUAAUUAGAUUCAGAGGUCACUUGAAUGCAAAUAUAUACUGGUAUGCAGUUAAAAAUGGGCCCCAGCACAAUAAAGUAAGAUACUGCCAUACAUUAGUUAAGUACUUAAUUAGGAAAUCAUUCAGUAGUCCUGCCAGGCAGUUGCAUAGACAGGUAGAAUGUGUGGCUUGAAAUACUGCUAAGGCUAUGGUUGGCUUUUUUGUCUUGUCCACAGCAGUUAAUAGUCUGCAUGUGGGGUCUUUGCCUUAGCAAUAACUUGUGUGAAUGAUUUUGAAGGUGCAGCACUAGCUGCUAAGAAUACCAGUUGCAAUGUAUUAUGGCAUUAGUUAUGGUAUGUUCGAUGCAAAUUUAGAUUAAGUCCUUAUUUCUUUAAUUUCAAACCUUAGGCCAAGCUGUGGAACAGCAUUGCAUUUUUCAUUGGUUCAAAGCUUUGGUAUGACAACGUGUUGUGCACAUUGGUUACUUAAUGCUAGCACGUAUCUUAGAAUUUUGGGAACAGUGUGGACCGUCCAAGGGCAGAGAGAGCCCAUGAACUCCAUCAGUAUUAAAUAUUGCAAUUCAUCAAGACUGAAGAAUGCUUGUAUCACAGUCAGCUUCAUAACAACUGUGGUUUGUGAAGAAACACAUUGUUUGCCUCCAUUGCACAGGCCAGCAAAUAAGGCGCAUAAGUAAAACCACAUUCCCUAGUGCCACAGCAUUAGGAUUCAUUGUCAGAUUGAAACAAUUUACAUAUGACCUGCUGUAUGUGUGCCUGCUUGAGAACGGUUGAGCUGCUGUUCAAUAAUCUAAUCCAUCCAAAUUGUGCAAUCUAUCCAGCAUCAUCAGUGACAAAGUUAAUGCCAGUUUAAUGCUAGCUAACAGUUAGCUAGCUAUCAGUAUACUUGUGAAAUAAACUGUGCUAAGAGUC